CUUGCACUGUAAACAACGUGCCGAAAAACUGACCUGCACCAAAUUUCCAUCAAUAUCUUUGAAAUCCUACCUCAAUCGGCCAGUUUCAGACCAGAACUCUCUUAACUUGCAGAUAGUCAGAGCAUCGUAUAGACUAUCUAAAAAUGAACCAAAUCGGAGUACGCGUAUACGGAACUAACCAUCUGGUGGAUGUAGACUACGCGGAAAUUGGAGAGAAAGAACUGCCCAAUCUCAUGAAGAUAAUCAAAGAUACGUGCCGUCUAAGUGGGGAUUUUCAUUUGCGUUUGUUUAAUUUUAAAUUUAAAAGAUUCUUUGAGAUUCGCGCUCAAGAUUUCCCCCUCAAGGGUGUCAUGAUGUUAGAUGUUGUUUUCAACAAUAAUGAGCACGCGAGACUAGUUAGUGGCUACCACUCUGAUAUACUUUCCUCUGUAUAUGAGUUUCGGAAAGGAAACGUUUCAAAUUUGAAACAUGAGAUGUGGGAACCAGGUAAAUUUGAAAUCCCGCUUGAGCGCUUUUCUAAGUUUGGGAGAAGCGAGCUGGAACUGGCAACCCUUGAAGCCAACCCAUCCAACGAGAGACCUCACACAGUAUCACCGAGCUUAUAUCGAGAAAUUCGCUCUUUGAUCUCGAUGUAUUUGGUCCAAUUCACGUACUAUCCAACAAGGAAAAUGGUCAUGGAUGCUUGUUUGACCUUGGUCAACACCUACAAAUUUCUGGCAAACAAAAGCAACGAUGACCAGCUUGGAAUUGAGGAUUGGAUUUCCACAAUCAAUGGAAAAAUGACAGAACUUCGACGUGAGAGCAAGCACCCUGAAGUUUUGGCUAAUAGAUCGAAGCCUGGCAGAGGCAUCAUAAAAGCUAUUCGUGGGGAGGUCAACUUUUUGCCACCAACUCCUGCGAUGUCAACUGAAGAAUCAUUAAAACGGGACUAUACAUUGUUGAUGACUGAGCUAAGCACAGAGCACCCAGACGAGGAAAAAGUGUCGCGGUUGAUGUUACAACUGUUUUCAACGCGGAGAGAAGAUAUAGUUGUCAAAAAUCUUCCCUUGGAAUCAGUUAUGGACAAGUGGCCUGCACUGUUUAGACAAGAGCAGUUGUUUGAGGAAAUGAAGAGGAUUGUUUUGGUCCAUCCGUUGAUGACCCUUACAGAGAGAUUGGCAAAAAUGUUCGAAGGGCUCAAGUACAAAAUUAACCAUCCAAAAGGCAGCUUUAAAAAACCCAAAAGAAAGAGGGCUAGAACAACAACCUUUGCCACUGUGUCGAUCAAAUCAGUACAGGACCUCCUUAGAUCGGUCCAUAAAAUUUAUCCAAAUGAGUUGCCGCUAAUAUCUGAUGCGGAACAGGCUCUCCAGCUUUACGAGGUAGCAAAACAAAAUAAUGACAUCGCUAGAAACAAGGCGUUUUUAGCCCCCCACAUCGUGCAAGAGAAAACCGGAACCUUUAAUAUUCACUGCGAGGAUAGGACCGUUUGCGCUGCAAUAGACACAGAAACAAAAGCAGUUGCUUUAUUGAUUUCUGUGUACUACGCAAUGAACUACUCAUACCCACCUCAACGAAGCCGAACCCUUGAACUUAUGGCUUACUUGUGUGGUGUAGACAACGCAGAUCUGAGUGUCAGGACAAAAGAGUUGAUCGAUUUCUGCAUUGAACACAAUGAUGAAAAUGAAUGAUCAAUUUGCUCGAGAUAUUUUCAUUUGUAUAUUUAACACAAUAUAA